CUUAAAUCCUUCUUAAUUGAUCCAUGGUGAAUUCCUUCCGUUCUUGUUCUUAUACAGUUAUUUAUUUUCCUAUUGCUUAUUUGGCCCCAUAGGUUCAAGGUUUUUGUUGAUGAAUUCUCUACCGCUCGGUGGGCAGGAGCUGCACGAUUCACAUGACUAAAGAAAAUAUUCAGUUCGAUUGUCUAUACUAAAGCCUGUAGGGAGUUCAUGCUAGCAGCAGCCGUGAAGGAUGUCGACAGGAGAAUGUCGAGAACAACUACACUGCCUGUUGGACUCUGCUAUGCUUUAUGUUCUCGAUGCAAUCUCAUGAUGAAGUUAGUGGAAAUGUUCCUGUAUGUGUGCUUUUAUUUCAUGCUAAAAUCUAUUUUGUUUAUAACUAAUUGUUCUAGUGAAUGUGCUGAACAAUCUUGCCAAAUUUUCAAUUUAUGAAUAAUUUUUUUACCCAUUCAUUAGCACUAUGCUUAACAAUGGAACUCUGAUCAAACUAUGUUUUCGUAACUUUAAUCCCUUAAGAGUAGAUAUUUCUAGUCGGCUUCAAAAUUUGGUUUAAG